UCAAAACCUCUUGUUGAUUCAAAACCAAAAACCCAUCGUUACCUAUAGCCGCCGAAACUAUCUUUACUCCUUCACUACAUCAAAACCCAACCCCAAUCUUUACUAUCCAAAAUCUUCAAGAUCCAUCAAUCUUUCACAUGGCUGCCGUUGCUCCUCCUGCAGAUCAAGCUGCCGAUUUGCUGAAGAAUUUAUCGUUGGAUCAAUCGAAAACGUUAGAAGGCUCGGAGGCCGCUAACAAGCCCUCGGUUGACUCAGAGGUCAAUGGGAAUGGUCAAAGUCAACCUGUUGAUAGGUCUCUUACGCCGGUGAUUCCUGAUUUUAUGGAUCCAGCAGUGGCUUAUUUUCCUAGUGCAUAUCCUUCUCCUGGUUAUUACUAUGGAGGUUAUGAUGGGGCUACUAAUGACUACUCAAGGUUAAUGAACCCUGAUGGAGUUGAUAUGUCUCAAGGUGUUUACGGGGAAAACGGGUCAUUAAUGUAUCCUGGUUACGGUUAUGCACCGUAUGGCCCAUAUUCUCCUGCUGGUUCACCCGUUCCAACUACGAGUCAUGAUGGUCAACUCUACGGAACCCAACAUUACCAAUACCCGAGCCCGUACUUUCAACCCGUGACUCCGCCCAGUGCCCCGCCUAAAGGUGAUUUCACCAGAUCUGCAGCUGGCGGUCAACCGUCAUUCACUGUAGACACAACCGCUAAGGAGAACACCGGUGCUGCACCGGUCAGACCAGUAACAAACCCGAAUCCAGUUUUUGGUUCAAAUGGAUCGUAUGGCAGCGGUUCGCAAAACGGGUUUCAGGAUCCAGUAUACAGGUUUGACGGGGCCCAUUCUCCGAUACCAUGGUUAGACAGUACGAUGUAUUAUAAUGGACAGCCUAGAAGCAAUACCAGUUCUGUUGCUUUGUCGAAUAAUAACGGUUUUGCAUCGAAGAAUCAAAACGUCGGUUCUCAUUCUCAUCUUGUGAGUCCAAGACCAAUGUCGGCCAUAAAUACAGCAAGUGGAUAUAUGAACAGAGCGUAUCCAAACAAGUUAUACGGGCAGUACCAGGGAGCAUACGGGUCGGGUUUUGGAUAUGGAUCCAAUUCUUACGGGUCACAAAACAGGCAGGGUUGGUUAACCCUUGAUAACAAGUACAGGUCUAGAGGACGAGGCAACGGUUUCUUUAAUUAUAACAAUGAAAACAGUGAUGGGCUGAAUGAGCUAAAUCGGGGCCCAAGAGCCCGGAUCACCAAGAACCAAAAGGUCCCAACACGAGUCACUAUAACCAUCAAGGGGCAAAAUGAUAAUUUGCCAGAGACUGUCGAAAAAGAUACGGUGUGUGCUGUUCCAGAUAGAGAGCAAUACAACCACGCGGACUUUCCGGAAACUUAUACAGAUGCGAAGUUUUUUAUUAUUAAAUCAUAUAGUGAAGACGAUGUUCAUAAAAGCGUCAAGUACAAUGUAUGGUCCAGUACGCAAAAUGGAAAUAAAAAACUCGAUGCUGCGUAUCAUGAAGCCCAACAGAAACCCGAAAAAUGCCCAGUUUUUCUUUUCUUUUCAGUCAAUACAAGCGGUCAAUUUGUUGGUGUUGCGGAAAUGGUAGGCCCGGUUGACUUCAACAAAAGCUUGGACUACUGGCAACAAGACAAAUGGGUCGGUUAUUUUCCGGUUAAGUGGCAUAUUAUUAAAGAUGUACCGAACAGUAUGUUGAAGCAUAUUAUUCUCGAAUACAAUGAGAAUAAGCCUGUAACUAAUAGCAGGGACACCCAAGAGGUGAAGUUAGAGCAGGGAUUGCAGAUGAUUAAAGUAUUCAAAGAUCAUUCUAGCAAGCAGUGCAUAUUAGAUGAUUUCGAGUUUUACGAAGAACGACAAAAGAGAAUUCAAGAAAAGAAAGCAAAACAACAGCUUCAGAAACAAGCAUGGGAAGAAAAACCAACAUUAGUUGAGAAAAACAAAGAGGAGGUUUCUGCACCAGAUUUGGUAAAAGAAGAAGUCAAACUUACUGAAAAUGUAUCAUUUGAUAAAGCAAUAUGAUAAUAAAGCAACAGAUUGAAAUUACCAAAAAGCCCAUGAAAAUGGGUAGUUGUGGGGGGUGUAAAAUAGAUGGGUCCAUAAUUAGAAGCCCAAUAUGUAGUGUUUACUUUUAGGUUUCUAACAUGGGUUUUCCUUUUUUAUACCUUUUAUUUGUGUUUGGGAAUCAUCUUUUCUUAUAUUCUCUUUUUUGUUUGUUGUUUUUUGUGGCCUUUGAUGUUUAUUUUUUCUAUGGUUUUUAUGUAAUUCUGCUUUGUAAAUAUGUGUUGUUUUUCUAUUUUAAUGUUUCUCA